AUGUUAACUGACAAUAUAGCACAAAUAAAUAAAUAUCGAUUAGCGUUGUGUUUAUUUAUAGGUGUUGAUGAGCAUCGACAUUUAAGAUUAUUAGUCCAAGCAUUAAUGUCUGAUGAAACGACUUCAUCAUAUACCUGGGUUCUUAAUAAUAUGAUGGCAGCAACAGACAAUUUGCUUCCAUCAACAAUUUUUUCAAACUGUGAUACUGGAUUAGGACCAGCUAUUGAUGCUACUUUUUCAACUAUGCAAUAUUUAUAUUGCAUCUUCCAUAUUAUCCAGAACAUUAAAAAAAAAUUGGCACGUUUUCUUGGCUCUCGAUACAUUGAAUUUCUGGCUGAUUUUUUGGUCUGUCGAAAUACGUUAUUUGAAGAAGUUUUUGAGCAGCGAUUUGAAUCUUUAU